AUGGCCCCUACUCCAACCAUCUCGCCUAUCUCGUCGGCGCGGAUCCAGCCCAGGGCCGGCAUAACAUAUUGGGCUACUGCCCCCGCUGGGUACUUCAGCACUGAUUCAUUCAGUGCUGCUUCCUCAAGCACAUCGGCCUCCACGGCGUCUACUUCCUCUGCCGUGGCCCCUACCUCGACCAGCGCCUCUGUAACUUCUUCCUCGUAUUCGACUGUAACCCCCAUGGCCUCUGGAUCGACAUCAUCGAUAGACGAGACUUUUGCUACGGAACCCGCCACACCCGCAUCGAGCACACAAACGCAUAGCUCUGAUCACACCGCGGUUGCUGUCGCCGCCUCUAUAAGUGCCGUGGUCGCACUGCUACUGGUCGUCGGCGGAGCGAGUUACUGGCGGAAGAGGCGUCUACGUCGUCGCCAGCAAUCAUAUCACGACUACCAAUACCCUCGUUCUUCCUCGGAGAAGAAGCGGGCUCCAUCUCCACCCACUCUCUUCGUAGACAUCUCACCAACAAAUUCGGCGUACCCCACUCCCUUCGACAGCCACUCUAGCGUCGAUCGGAGUUCCGGAUCUCACUAUCUAUCUUCCGACGUCUCAUCCGUUCACCGUUCCGACUUCUUCUCAGCGUCCCCUUCAUCCUCAACCGAGCCUCAGACUGCAUCUACCGACAUCAUCUCCUCAUUCCCCUUCCCUAUGGCAUCGCCAUCUCUGCCCACACUCCCGGCGAUAUCAGUCACGCUCGUCUCACCUACGAGCGCUGAGUUGACGGCGUGGGCUACUGCUCAACGACUACUCACUGCGACACACGAGUCCGAAAACCCAUUCCGUACCCCGCGCGAAAGCAUUGCCAGCACCCGCUCGCGCACCGUGUCCGACAGGCCCACUGGCGCACGCCCUCUUCACUCCAGGACACCAAGUCUUGGCAGCCUUAGCCGUGCAGCCAGCCCUCCGCCUCUUCACAGGACUGCGAGCGUCACGCGCCUGCACUCGCGCUCGGCGAGCAUGUCCAACCUCAUCGGCGUCUCAACACGCAUACAUUCGCGCAGCGUUAGCUCAGCCAACCUUAGCAUGUACAUGCAGCGCCCUGAUACCUCUACGAGCAUGCUGAGCAUGGACGACAGCGCGGAGAGCUCGGACAUAUCCUCGGUGCCCACGCCUACGACUCUCGCAGGCGCCGCGCCUAGUGCCCCCGCAAUACACGAAGCGGAAGAGGAGAACGAGGAGUCUGAGGCCGAGGUCGACUCGCCGGUAGACCCACAAGUGCCUGCGCGCCCUACUCCGCGACCGAGCCCGCUUCCUAACGUCGACCCAAAUGACUUCGCAGAACCUGUCAGCGAACGCCGGGCCCUACGGAACCGGCACUCGGCUUCGCUACUCACCCAGGCAUCGGGUAUAUCGAUCGCUACGCUGCCGAGUUACGAUGCAGGACUGGCUGCAGGUGAAUGGCACGUCGCUGGUGGACGCAGCACGCCCACACCCGCGUACGAGCUGAACCUUGAUCGUGAGCGCGUGGUGAGCGCUGGUGGAUGGAGUACCGCUGCUACGCAUGCUUCGUGCGACUUCGACUCUAUGUUGGCGGGGAAUACGGGGAGCUGGCAUGCGGCGUCUUUGAUGGGGAUAUUCAGUGGACAUGCUUGA